UCUUAGUUCUUUGCUUUCUAUUUUUUUAUGUGAAUUUGCAAGGUUGUUGGGGUAAUAUAAUACUGAAUGCCUGAUUUUUCGAUUUUUGGUAAUCUGCAAGCUCAGGUUUUGGGUUUUCUCCUUCUAAUUAUUUUUGCCUUGUUGCUUAGUUGUUCGACAUUAUAGUCAGAUUAGUCACCGGAGUACUUAACAGUGUGCAGUGGAAAAAUUAUAUUUUACAAUUUUAUGGACUAUUAGAUAGCUAUAUAUUGAGUUCGUAAUAUAAUAUUGAAUGCCUGAGUUUUAUGUAAGAUGUGUGCUUUGUGUCACCAAUUUUGGAGUAGAAUAUUUACAGUAUUUACAGUAUGAAAGAUGUGUGCUUUGUGUUACCAAUUAUGGAGUAGAAUAUAGCUAGAACCAUACCAGAUUACCAGCACCGCAUCACGUUUAAAAGUUAACUACCUAAGCAGUGUUUAAAUGAAACUAUAUAGUAUACACGGAGUAUGCCUAAUUGCAACAAUUAAUAAAAACAAAACAAUAUUUAUUAGUUGGAUAAUUAUGAUAGAUCUUCCCAUGUGACAAAAUCUUCAAAAUAUUAAAUUAAUCUAUACUUAUAUUAUGAAUUUUAUGAUUUGUAAUUCUUUACCGACAUUAAUAUACUUCAAGUACUCCAUUUGAUAAUACCCAAGUUUCUUCAUCAAUAAUAAUUAAUUUAACUCCAAAGCUUAAAUUCGGAUGGAUACAAAGUUUGUGACUUUGCAAUGUCAUUGUUGUUUUAGUUUUUAUGUGAAAUAAAGAGUCUGGUAAGUGGUAACAGGGAUAGAAAUUUGACAAAAAAAGUAUGGGACUGUUUUGGAUGGUAAAUAUGUUCAUAUGCGUUGUGCAGCCCAUCUUCUUAAUCUUACUGUGAAAGAUGGUUUAAAAGAUUGUGAGGAUUCAAUCAAAAAAAUUCGUGGUGCUGUGAAGUUUGUUAGAUCUUCUCCUGCAAGAUUACAAAAGUUUAAAAAUUGUGUAAACCAAGAGCAAAUUGAGUCAAAACGUCAACUUUGUUUAGAUGUCGAAACUAGGUGGAACUCCACUUAUUUGAUGUUGGUUUAUGCUAUGGUUUUCCGAAAAGCUUUUGAUUUGCUUGAAAAUUCUGAUGGUGGUAAAUACGUUGCUGAGUUAACAAAACAAGCUGGUGUACCCGUUGAUUAUGAUUGGGAUCAUGCUUCUUCUUUUCUCCCUUUUCUUAAGAUUUUUUAUGAUGCUACUUUGAGGCUCUCUGGAUCUUUGUAUUCUACUUCUAACGAAUAUUUGCUAGAGCUUGUGGCAAUAAGCAAAAUGAUAAAAAGAAAGUGUGAGAGUAGUAAUAGUGGUGAGAGGUUAAUGGCUUACAAAAUGAAGAAAAAGCAUGAUAAGUAUUGGGAUAAUGUGGAUAACAUUAAUUUGAUGUUAUAUAUUGCUGUUGUGCUUGACCCUCGUCGUAAAAUGUUCUAUGUCAAGUGGGCUAUAGAUGAUCAAUAUGAUUUAGACAAGGCUUCGAAGUUGUAUGGCAUGGUCUCCGAUGCUUUGACUUCUUUGUAUGAACAUUAUGCUUCUUCUCAAACUCAAAAUGUAUCUGUUCCUUCGGAAGUAGUAGAUUUGGCUUCUAUGGAUACGGAUGUAUACAAUGAGCGUGAUGUGGCAGACUAUGAAUUUAAUAUGCGGACAAGAUUGGUUGCGUGUUGCAAAUCGCCCACUUAUUAUCGAAGAAAGUAUUGCUGAAAUGGAAAAGAUUGAGGAGGAAUUGUCCUCAUUGGUGGAGCAACCAUCGGUUUCCGUCGUUGAUGAUUAUUUCUAAUUAUUAAAUUUCACUUGUUUUUUAUAUUUAAUGUAGUUGAAGACUUUUGUAAACGAUUAAGCGUUGUUGUUGAAGACUUGUAAUUUUGUUUUAAGACUAUUAAGUAUUAUGUGUUGCUUUC